AUGCCGUAAUUUUAAAAAAAUUAGUUCAAAGAAAAACACUGGCUAGGCCAUGAGGUCUUUAAACCUAAAAUAAUUACUUAACUUAUAAAUACUGCUGAAAAAAUUUGCAAUCCCCCUCAUGUAAUUAAGUAAGAAAUAGAAUUGAUUCAAAAAUUGAAUUUAAGUCCAAAAAUCAAUAAAGUUCAAAGUUAUUUGACAAUGGAGAUCAAAAAUAAAAGAUAAUAAGUUUCUGAGGAUAAUUAAAAUUAUCUUAAUUUAAAUCGUUGGAAAUCAAACCAACCUAUCGAAACUGGAAUUAAAAAAAAUAACGAUAAUGAAAAAUAAAAUUUAUAAACAGAAAGUACAUUGUCUAGUAUUUCUACAAAUACAGAGUAAAUAAUUAAAGAUUCAGAGAAAGAAACAACCAUAAUUUUUGAUAAUUCAAAUACAAAUGAUAUUUAAUCUGAAGAUAAUUAACAUAAUAUCGAUGAUCCAGAACCAAUGCCUGAGAAAAUUCCUGAAGAUAUUCCGUUAUGCCUAUUAAUAGGAUAAGCAGGUAAUGGUAAAACAUUUUUAAUGAAUAAGAUAUUUAAUACAAAUUAGGAAAUGAAGUUAUUUGAGCCAUAAAUAUUAUGGAGUAAAUAGAUUAAAUAUUAUUUUGUUGAUACUUCAUCAUUUGAUUUUGAUUCUGAUUACGAUUAAAGAGAGGAAUAGAUAGAUGAUUAUAAGAAAUUGUUUAAGAGAUUCCCAAAUAGAAUUAGAUCAAUUUUGGUAGUAAUUAACUUUGAGAGAACUGAUUUAAUGAAAAAGAAAGCUUUAGUAAUUUUAAAAUAUUUUAAUAAUCUUAAAAAAUUGAUCUCAUUGGCAAUAACUAAUUUUCAUUUGAGUUAGAAUAUAGAAAGUGAUAAGAAACAUUUAAAAGAUAACUUUAAAUUUCUUGAAGCAAAAGAUAUUAUUUUUGUUGGAAAAAAUACUGAUUAAAAAGAAAUAUUGAAAAGUUUAAAGUAAAAUAGUUUACAAUCUUUGGAGAGAUCAUAUAUAUUUGAUUUAAGGGAUUCAUUGUUUGAGGAUGAAGAUGAAGUAGAGUAAUUGUAAAUUUUGAGUGAACUUGAAAAGAGAUUCAAUAAAUGA